AUGGGCCAGAACCUCAUCCUCAACAUGGCUGACAAGGGCUUCACCGUCUGCGCCUACAACCGUACCGUUUCGAAGGUCGACCACUUCCUCGAGAACGAGGCCAAGGGCAAGUCGAUCGUCGGCGCCCACUCGAUCGAGGAGCUCUGCGCCAAGCUCAAGACUCCCCGCAAGAUCGUCCUCCUCGUCAAGGCCGGCCAGGCCGUCGACGACUUCAUCGCCCAGCUUGAGCCCCACCUCGAGAAGGGCGACAUCGUCAUCGACGGCGGCAACUCGCACUUCCCCGACUCGAACCGCCGCACCAAGGAGCUCGAGUCCAAGGGCCUCCUCUUCGUCGGCUCGGGUGUCUCGGGCGGUGAGGAGGGCGCCCGCUACGGCCCUUCGCUCAUGCCCGGUGGAUCCACCGCCGCAUGGCCCCACAUCAAGGAGAUCUUCCAGAAGACUGCUGCCCAGACCGACGGCGAGCCUUGCUGCGACUGGGUCGGUGAGGAGGGUGCCGGCCACUACGUCAAGAUGGUUCACAACGGUAUCGAGUACGGAGACAUGCAGCUCAUCACCGAGGCGUACGACAUCCUCAAGCGCGGCUUCGGCAUGCACGAGAAGGAGAUUGCCGACAUCUUCGAGCGCUGGAACAAGGGCGUCCUCGACUCGUACUUGAUCGAGAUCACCACCCAGAUCCUCCGCUACAACGACGACGACGGCACGCCCCUCGUCACCAAGAUCCUCGACGCCGCUUCGCAGAAGGGCACCGGCAAGUGGACCGCGACCAAUGCCCUCGACCUUGGCAUGCCCGUCACCCUCAUCGGCGAGGCCGUCUUUGCCCGCUGCCUCUCGGCGAUCAAGGACGAGCGUGUCCGCGCCUCCAAGGUCAUCGGUGGCCCGCAGAUCGAGCCGUUCUCGGGCGACAAGAAGCAGUUCAUCGACGACCUCGAGCAGGCCCUCUACGCCUCCAAGAUCGUCUCGUACGCCCAGGGCUUCAUGCUCAUGCGCGAGGCCGCCAAGACCUACGGCUGGCACCUCAACAACGCCGGCAUCGCGCUCAUGUGGCGCGGAGGCUGCAUCAUCCGCUCCGUCUUCCUCGGCGACAUCACCAAGGCGUACCAGAAGAACCCCGAGCUCGAGAACCUCCUCUUCGACGACUUCUUCAACAAGGCCGUCCACAAGGCGCAGCCUGGAUGGCGCCGCAUCGUCGCCCAGGGCGCGCUCUGGGGUAUCCCGACCCCGGCCUUCUCGACCGCCCUCUCCUUCUUCGACGGCUACCGCACCGAGCGCCUCCCCGCCUCGCUCUUGCAAGCGCAGCGCGACAUGUUCGGAGCUCACACCUUCCGGGUCCUGCCCCAAUUUGCCAACGACAAGCUCAAGGAGGGCCAGGACAUCCACGUCAACUGGACCGGCCGCGGCGGCAACGUCUCUGCCUCGACCUACAACGUCUAA